AUGAAGACGCUGGCUUUGACAACUGAAUGGGUGAAGGAAAUGCUGCGUGUGAAAAUUGCUGCUGCCCUGCCAUCAUCCACUCUGACCACCUGCCUGGAGGAGGUAAAGGCGUGGUUGCAGCAAAACUUUCUACAGCUAAACAGCUCCAAGACUGAAGCCAUUUUAAUCGGCACUCCACACCAGGUUCGGUCAUCUACAAUUACCAGCAUCAACCUCUCUGGCCAAAAUAUUCCACUUUCUACAUCAGCCACUAACCUGGGUGUUAAAAUGGACUCUCAUCUGGCCUUUGAGGCUCACAUAAAACAUCUCUGCAAGACCUCCUUCUUCCACCUCAGGAACAUCGCUAAACUCCGUCCCACACUCACUCCAGCUGAUGCGGAAAAGCUUGUCCACGCUUUUGUCUCCUCCAGGCUGGACUACUGCAAUGCGCUCCUCACUGGGAUCCCUGAGAAAAGCCUUCAAAAGCUACAGUACAUCCUGAACAGCGCUGCUAGGAUCCUGUUGAGGGUGCGCAAACACGACCACAUCACCCCCAUCCUCAAAUCUCUCCACUGGCUUCCUGUGUCUCUCAGGAUUGAGUACAAGGUCUCCCUCCUCUCCCAUCAGUGCAUCCACGGUGAAGCCCCCCCCUACCUCAAGGAACUUCUCACCCCACAGACCUCUACCCGGACCCUCCGAUCUGCCUCAGGUUAUCUCCUGAAACCUCCCAGGACAAAGCUCCGUACUAUGGGAGAUCGGGCUUUCUGCUCGGCGGCUCCCAGACUGUGGAAUGCUCUGAGAGCUUUUGACUGA